GAAAGCGGCUGUCGGGAACCACCUCGGCCCGGGCCUGGCCCCGCGGAGCAUGCUCACGCCUUGGCCAGCCCCAUGAGUUCCAGCAUGUGGUACAUCAUGCAGGGCAUUCAGAGCAAGUACUCACUCUCAGAGCGCCUGAUCCGUACCAUUGCCGCCAUCCGCUCCUUCCCCCACGACAACGUUGAGGACCUCAUCCGAGGGGGUGCUGACGUGAACUGCAGCCAUGGCACCCUGAGGCCCCUUCACUGUGCCUGUAUGGUGUCGGAUGCCGACUGUGCCGAACUGCUCCUGGAAAAAGGGGCCGAGGUGAACGCGCUGGACGGCUACCACCGCACAGCCCUGCACUAUGCGGCCGAGAAGGACGAGGCCUGCGUGGAGGUGCUCUUGGAGUAUGGUGCAGACCCCAAUGCGCUGGAUGGCAACAGGGACACCCCGCUGCACUGGGCUGCCUUUAAGAACAGCGCCGAGUGCGUACGUGCUCUCCUGGAGAGCGGGGCCACAGUGAAUGCCUUGGACUACAACAAUGAUACGCCACUCAGCUGGGCUGCCAUGAAGGGCAAUCUGGAGAGUGUGAGCAUCCUUCUCGACUAUGGCGCGGAGGUCAGGGUCAUCAACCUCAAAGGCCAGACUCCCAUCUCGCGCCUUGUGGCUCUGCUGGUCAGGGGGCUUGGCACUGAGAAAGAGGAUGCUUGCUUCGAGCUGCUGCACAGGGCAGUGGGGCACUUUGAACUGCGCAAGAACGGCACCAUGCCACGAGAAGUGGCCCGAGACCAGCAGCUGUGUGAGAAGCUGACCGUGCUGUGCUCAGCCCCCGGAACCCUAAAGACACUGUCUCGGUAUGCUGUGCGCCGCAGCCUAGGUCUGCAGUACCUGCCCGAAGCAGUGAAGGGCCUCCCACUGCCGGCAUCCCUGAAGGAGUACCUGCUGCUGCUGCAGUAGCUGGCACCGCCUGUGGGCAGCACAGAGCAGCCCAGCUCCUGUUGUGUGUUUUAUAGGUUUCAAGGCAAGACACCACAGCAGCAACGCCAUGCCACCUCCUUCCACCCAAAGCAAGCAACCAAACAAAGCAAUUCUCACUUCUGUUUUCUGUUCAUUGCUUACGUGGCUUCUUACAGUACACCCCGCCAAAGAAUAGGGCCCUUCCUUCCAUUCUGGAGAGUCAGCAGUGCUUACCCCUGAGUCUCUAGGAGCAGAGAGAGUAUCAAGAGGUGUGAGUUCUUUUGGGGGUAUGAGGUAACAAGCCAGAAUCUUGUAGGGAGCUUUCCAUUGAUAUGGGAAGACGUUUCUGGAAUGCACAGUUAAGCUCCAGGAUGAAGACAUGCAGGGGCACUCAGGAGGGACGGUCUCCUUGCCCUUAUCAGCAGCCCUGGCACACUCUGCCUCAGUGCUGUGGGAAUGCCUAGGGCUUGGGGUAGUUUGGCAGUUCUACUUCAGAAAACGUACCUUGCUGCUUCCCACAAAACAGAGGCUGUGUGGGAGCUUAGAACCUUUAAACCCUGGAAAUUUUGCUUCUAAUGCUCCCAGUGCCUCUGGAACCAUGGCCUUCCCAGCUGUAUGCCAUGUGCUUGUGGUACAGAGGAAAGGUGUGGCCUGGCUCUGUCUCCCAUGGCCAUCUGCAUUCCCUGUGGAAAGCUUGCUCUCUCAGUUGGUGUUUGUUGCCUUGUCUGGGAUUCUGCUUUGUGGUAAUCACAACGGGUGAGGGUGCAGGUAAAGAGUGAGGAAGAGCAUACAGAAGCCUCAUGGUGGCUGCUUACCCCAGUGUGUUUCAGUAACUAUGUGGCCAAUGACACUGUUCUUUUCUAUGUUCCUAGGGUAUCAAAUCCUCACUGAUCUUAGAUGACCUGUGUGCAAAUUUGAAGAAACUUUUUAAGGCAGUUGAGUGGGAUCUGCUGACACCUAACUUGGGAAUAGUGUGGUCUGCAUUUGUCCUUUGCCAUUGAUGUUUUUGUCCCUUUACAACGAGAAGAAAUAAAUAGUUCAAAAGGCACA